AUGUCCUCCCCUCUGCGUCCUCAGUUUUUCUGUGCCAGACCUAAUGGAACCCUUGUUCCUCUCAUUGCUGUUGACGAGCUUCCUAUCCACGUCAAUAUUCGAUCGGCCCCACGCGCUCUUGCUCCAGGCGAUACCCAGGGCAUGACCAGCCUUGGUACCGUGGGCCCUCGUUGCUCGUUCUAUGUCGUGGAGAGUACUCUUCCUUUCUCUCGUUUCCAGUUUCCAGUUGAUAUCCCCAACGUCCCCAGUCCGCGUGCUAGGGAGUAUGGCAGCCAAGGUCAAGGUCCUGCGCCCAGAUACGUGCCGGAUGAAAACGGUGUUGCUCCCCAGCAGCGUCUGGCUGUUCAGCCUAUGUAUCCGCAGGCCAAUGGUCAGAACUGGUUGAUGCCUACUCCACCUCCUAAUCAUGGCUGGAUUGUGCCUGCUAAUGUGGGUACUGCUCAUAAUGCUGGUGGUAUUGCGGGUCACACUGCAGCAAACGGCGGUGGAACCCCCAGACAGGGCAGCCAUCAGAAAAAGGAAUACUGCUCUUACUGGAUCCGUCAUGGCGAGUGCGACUAUCAGCAGCAAGGCUGCCUGUUUAAGCAUGAGAUGCCCACCGAUCGCUCCAUGCUCGAGAAGCUUGGUCUGCGCGAUAUUCCCCGUUGGUACCGUGACAAGUACAACGUCCCGAGCCUUUUGUCAGGCGGAGCUAACCAGACCCGUGAGUCGCGUGCUCUGGCCGGCUUGCUCGAGGAUGCUGCUUCUAACCGCGGUGCUGCGAGGCGAUCUCGUCUGGCAAUCGAUGCAACUGCUGAGCAUUCCGAUACUGAAAGAAGCACUAAGGGCAGGUGCGCUGUCUCCAUGCAUCAGCCGACUCCUCUUGCGCUUCCAGGACGCCCCAACUUCAGCAAUGUCAGCUCGCCAAGAGGUUCUGCUCACCAUCACGGUUCCAAGCAGGCACAGGGUGCGCAACUUCAGACUUCGAGCUCACAUGUGCGCGACAAGGGUGGCCCAGUUCAUGCUUCCACCCCCCAGAAUCGUGGUACCAGUGUGUACAAUAAGAAGAUCGACCUGCUCUCCUUCGAUCCCCUUCUUGACUACACGUCCAGCGAUCUGAGCCGUUCUGGUCAACAGAUUAUCUCCGAUCCCAAAGAGCGUGCCAAGCGUGACGAGUUCUUGCGUGGUCUACAUGACAUGUUUGCAGCUACUACUGCGCCGGGAAAGACCAACACGGUGCCCGCCGAUACGGACGUCUUCGCCAGUCAGCCUCGCACCAAACGCGUGCAACCCAAGUCUCGUCGCCUGUUCCAGGACCGUCCUGCCGCUCUUAAAUCUGCUCCUGAUGGUGGUACGGAGACCAACGCUUUGGAUGCCGAUCAGAUUCGCCAGCAGAGUGUCCGUAUCUACAACCUUGCUGCUGACGCCGUCAAGGACUUCGACGAUGACGAUGACAAUGACUUUUUUGUGGCCCCCAAGACUAGCGUCGGCAUCGUGCAGGGAACUCCCAGGUCCUCCGAGUCACCGCGCCACCACCGCUCAUCCUCGACCGAGUCUUGCCUCUCGUGCUCUGAGCCCAGCCCUACUGCCUACCUCAACAGCCGCGCCAGAAACGACGACGACGAUGGUCGUUUAAAGCCGCUUCUUCCACCUAUUGGCGUGUUCACUCAUAAGAACGAUACAGUCCUCGAAGGUCCCUCCGUCUCCUCUACGGACGACAUUUUCGGCAGGAGCGGAGGACGUGCCAAUUAA